GGAAAGGGCAGGAGAAGAGAGCAGGGAAGAUAAGAGCAUAAGAAGAGGCCUCAUUAGCGGUCUCAUAUUCAGAGCAUGCGUGUACAUUGUUAUGUAAUCCAAGAUGGCGGCAGCAGCGAGAAAAUUUUUGCGGAUAUCUUCUCUUUUUGUACUCAGAAAUAAGUUGUUUUUACAACAAAUCAAUAUACAGCCUCGUUUUAUAACUCAUGCAAGACUCUAUUCUGAAAAAGUCAUAGAUCCACCAUACUUAGGGCCGUCAGUACCGAACUAUAAACACAGAGAAGAUGAAACGCUGGAGAUGAAGAAAUCGCGAUUGUUGUAUCRGAGCAGAAAGAGAGGUAUGCUUGAGAAUGGUCUUCUUCUAAGCACAUUUGCAAGCAAGCAUCUUGACGAACUGGACGAAGCAUCACUAGAGAUGUAUGACAAGAUUAUCAACCAGCCCUCAAAUGACUGGGAUUUAUAUUACUGGAUGACGAGCAAUAAACCAACCCCCGAGGAGUAUGAUAAUACUGUUAUGGACAUGUUAAAGGAACAUGCAAGAAAUAAGCAAAGAGAUGUGCGGCUUCAACAGCCAGAUCUGAAACAAAACGAAAGACAGUGAAUGGAUGAAUAGAAUAGGAUCAAAAACAGCUGGUUUYAUUUAGCAUAAUUAUUAUUUGUAAAUAUUUCAUUAUAAAACGCAUAGCAAAUGUAAAGAUGCGUGAAUCUAGUUCAUCAAAACAAUAAGAGUUUCUUGUAAAAAUUUGAAAUAAAAGUGUGAGAAGUUUCCAUUCCUUGA